AUGUCUUCACCAAAUGAUGUCACUAUGGAAGAAAUACCACUGGAAGAUGAUGUGCGAGACAGCAUAGAAUACAAGAUCCUAAUGGCCUAUGCCCAGCGGCGGUUGUCUGCCACUAAAUAUGAGAAACUUCUGAAAAAUGAGGCUAAGAGGCAGAAAUCAUCCUCCUUAAUCAAGAGAAAAGUGGAGAUGAUUGACCAUCAAAGAGAGAAAGAUGGACCAAGACAAGUAGCAGUUUCUCAGGGUGGAAUGAUGGAACAGCAGAGCAAAGAGCAACCGAGAAGAAGAUACUGGCCAGGAUAUUGCCUACCUUUUCUCUGUGGCAGAGCGGAGCAGGAAAAGCCCCCAGUGCCACCAUUGCAACAGGGUCACAUGGCACAUUGCUUCGUUUUUGAGGCACAGUCUGAGAGACUUCAAGAAGGGAGUUCGCAGCAUCAGACAAGUGAAACUGCAGAUGUCAACCACAUUGCAGACAAACUUGCCAAGCUUGUUACUUCCAGAUCCCAAGAAUCUCCUUCAGAUGCGACAUUGAAGAAAACACUUCAUGCCCCAUGUCAGGAACAAGACGAUAGCAAUCCUACUGACGGAAAGGAGGGCCAGGAGCAUGAUGAAGAAAAGAUAAUACAAACAAUAGUUUCACUGUUAAGACAAUCAGGAGACCAACUAGAAGAAAAGAUCAAAAACGACAGGGCUUUCUAUCAGCAUUUUAAAGGCAUGCUGUCCUACACAUUCUUCAAGAGGAUCACUGAUCUAUUCCUGGAGGAUAUCUCAGCAGAUUCAACCAGUGAGCCGGGAGAGCAAGUACAAUGCACAAAAGUUGCCCUUACAAUGGAAGUUGCCACCAGACUUACCACUGUGGACAACCAUCCUAUGAACGUGGUCUUGGGCUUUGGAUCAAUGUACCUCCGAGAACACUUCAAGCCGUGGAUUCAGGACCAGGGUGGCUGGGAGAAGGCCUUGAAUUCACUGGAUCAGGAAGAAGUAGAGUAA